UCAGAGGGAGGAAUAAUUUUGAAUGCAACAGCAGAGUAAACAACGCCAUCUAUCGGCAGUAUUUAGCGCACCUGUUUAAUUUGCUUCUUUGUCCAUAGAAAGCGUCACCCGUCACUUGUGUAUUUUCAAAUUUAUAAAGGCUCAGUAAUGGAAUCAUUAAAAAGAACAGCAGAAGAAGCAGAUUCUCUUCUUGAAGGUGUCAAGGCUUUGAUUGUUGACAUUGAGGGUACAACAACGCCUAUCGACUUCGUGAAGGAGACGCUUUUCCCAUAUGUCAGUGAAAACAUAGAGGAAUAUUUAACAAAAAAUUAUGAUGAAGAGGAAACAAAGAAAGACAUUCAGGCCUUGAGAGAAUUGGCAGCAAAAGACAAAGAAGACAAAUGUGAAGGAGUUGUAGGGAUACCAGCUUCAGACGGGAGCAAGGAAGAUAUAGUUAAAGCUGUUGUGGCCAAUGUAAAAUGGCAGAUGGACAAAGAUAGGAAAUCCACAGCACUAAAAGCCUUACAGGGACACAUCUGGAGAGAAGGAUAUGAACAAGAAAAACUAAAAGCAGAAUUGUUUGAAGAUGUAGGACCAAAUCUUCAACAAAUAGUAGAAAUAGGAAUAGCUGUGUAUGUUUUCUCAUCAGGGAGUGUAGAAAGUCAGAAACUUCUCUUUGCUAAUACAGAUGAUGGCAACUUGUUAGAGCUUUUCACUGGUUUCUAUGAUACAACGACAGGAUCUAAAACUGACAAAACAAGUUACACUAAAAUAGCAGAGGAUAUAGAUGCUCAACCAGAAGAAAUAUUAUUCUUAACAGAUAGUCCAGAUGAGGCUGCAGCAGCUGUGAAGGCAGGUUUACGUAGCGCAAUAGUUGUGAGAGAAGGCAAUGCUGAACUAUCGAAUGAAGUUUUCCAGAAUUAUUUGGUGAUAGAAUCAUUCAAUGAACUGUUUGGUGAUGACGAUGAGGAAGAUUUCAAACGAAUAGCAGGAGACAAUGGUGAAGUAGAUGAUGAUGAAGAUGGAGAGGAAGAUGAUUUGGAGGGAGAGGAUGAUGACGAAGAGGAUGUUCCUGAAGAUGAUGAUGAUGAAGAUGAUGCAUAAACUUGCAUAAACUUGACAAUGUUAUGAAUGUGUGUGACCAAAUGAAAUUGGAAAAGAAAUCAUAUGUUACAGAAUGUUGUUUUAAUUGUUUCAUUUGGAUCUAAUGUUAAUUUAUACUGUUAGUGAUACUAUUACAUAUCUCAAUUAAAAUUACACAUGUUUGAUUUGUAAAGACUAUAUCAUGUUAACCAAAUGUGUAAUUUUAAUUGAUUUCUACUCAAUUUUUUUGCAUUCAUUAGUUUUACGUUCUGGACUAUGAAUCAGUUACUGUUUCUGUCCUAUAAAUCUAUAAACCCACUAAAUGAUCUCAGACAGGAUUUUCAUGUCUCUAAAUUGAAAUCUAAUGAAACAAUGCAAACACAGAUUCAUGAUUGUGACAAUGCUCAUUACUCAGUAAAACAUUUAAAUCAGGAAACAUUUCAUGGCAGAGAGGUUGACUGUUGUUGUAUAAAUGUCGAAUACGUUGAUAUUUUGUUGGAUACCAGUUUUUUUUUCAGAGCAGCACAUUUUUCUCUUAUUUUGUAAUCUGAUGAAAGGGUAAAUACUUUGAAACUGGCAGAUAUUUUUUUUAACCAAACCUAACAUUAUUUAUGUACAUAAAAAAGUGAACACAUGGUAGAUUUCCUUUAUCAUUUUAAUAUCCAUAAGUAAAUAGUAAAUCAUAAUAUGGUCUGUUCAUUUAACAUUUGUAUACAGAUGUGAUGACAUAAGCAUAUACACAGAGAAACAAUGCAAUAAACAGCUAAUCAUCUUGUCAGAAAGAUAAGAUCCAUUCUUGAUCUUUUGAGCAUAUGUAUGAUAGUUUUCUGCCAAAUUCUAUUGGACUUUGCAUGCAUUGGCAAUAUAUAGAAUAUGGGAGGGUUUAUAAAUAAGUUAUUAAUUUGUGUUUAAAGAAACUGUAAAGUUGGGGAGGGUUGUAAAUGAUGAGUUCUAAGUUUGUAUAGUUUUUCUGCAAGUGUUCAGAAACAAAACAUUUAAGAAGAUGUUUAUUGUUAACUUGCAAUAUUUUUAUUCUGUGUAUUCAUAUUUGGAUACCAUUUGUUCUAUAAUAUUAUUUUUGUAGGGAAUUUUGUAAAGAUUUUAGAAGAAUGUUAUAUUGUGUGUGUGUUUGUUUAUACAAGUUUUUAUAAGUGUUAGUGUUCAAAUUUGUACAGACUACUUACAUGUAGACCAUAAGAAUUUCUCGAAACCAUUAGCAAAGUGGAAUAGGCAAGCAUAGUUUACACUAUAUACAUAUUUUAGCAGAACUUUUAAAUGGCAGUUUUAAGUAAUGUCUGAAAAAAUUUGCAUUUACAUUUUUACUCUUUUCAUGGUUUAAAAUUACUUUAUAUAUAUAUUGUCAUAUUGUAAAUAAUGCAAGCAGCCAUUUCUUGAAAAUCAUUCAGGCAACCUUGGAAGUUUUGUUCCAUUUUGAUAAUUACUAAAUUUUAUAAUUUUACCAGUUUUAUAUUGCUUUUCUAUGAAAUACUUUUUAAACAUAUUUUAAUGAUCUCUCUAGAAUUAACAUCUCAAUAAGCAUUUUUUUCAGACAUUGGAAAAUUUUAUUAAUUUGUAUUCUGAAGAUGUUCUUCAUUGUACAAAUCAUUAUCAUUCUCAGUAAAAAAAGUAGUUUUCAUAUUU